GGCAGUGGCCGCUGGGAGUUGUAGUUCCAUGCGCUGGCAGCGUCGCCGACAUCGGUCUUCCCAACGAAGGGAGACUGUGUUAAUGAAAUGUAGUUCCACCCGUGUGUCCUGGUUGCCUUUGGCGACGGGGGCAGAAGAUGCGGGAGCCGGUGUGGGGCGGGCCCGGCCUGCGCAGGCUGCCCGAGCGGCGGAUCCGCAAGGCCCGCUUCAAGCAGCGCGACCUGCGGGUGCUCGUCGACUCGGUGAUGGAGCGGCGGCGGGACAUCUUCGGGCAGGGCGGGCGGCCACCCAGUCUACAGAGCCGCCGCCGGGCCUGGAUCUUCGUCAUGGAACGGGUCAACGCCGUGUCCGGCACCCGGCGCUCCUGGGAGGAGGUGCGCAAGAAGGUGCACGACCUGAAGAAGAGCACCAAGGAGAAACUGGCCUAUAAUAGGAGGUCGCGCCAACUACCAGGGGGCGGCCGGCCGGUUGUCAAAGCCCUGACCGAGUUUGAGAAUGACAUGCUUGCUCUCUUUGGAAAGGAAACCUUCGAGGGAUUUGACCCAGGAGACCUUGCAGUAACAUCGCAACUGAGCGACCAGGGGGAAACGAGUGGAUCAUCCACCGUUGCUGCAAAUCGUCGCUGCACGCCCGAGUUCCAAAUAUCCUCAGCCCGCCCUGAAGCAGGCACCAGUACAGGCACGCCCACCGCAGGAGAUGGUAGUGCGGAGGAUGAGGAGGCACUGGGUGAGUCACUGGAUGUUGGUGAGGAAGGAGCGGGACCGAUCCUAGUGGAGGAGGAUGAGAGGUCUUCUUCAUUUGAAGACUGGAGACCCACUGUACUGGGGUCACCGAUGGAGGCAGAUGCAGACACUGAUCUGAGUGGGCCUGCCUUCAAACGCAGGCUGUUGGAGCACGAGUUCAGUGUCGAGCAGAGGUUGGCCUCCAUUCACACCACCGUGGAAGAUGGCAUGGUCAUGUUGGACCAGCGGCUGAGUGCUCUGCAGUCUGCCAUCGUGCAGUUGUCAAUGCCAGUGGCCUCUGCAGUGGAAACCUCCCUAACACAGGCCUUGGAAACAGUCGGCACCUCGCUCGUGAAUGCCCAUACCUCUGCCAUUGAGGCUUUAGGCUCCAAGCUCCAAGAAGCCAUCAAGGCGGGCUUCGUCUCGCUGGGAGAAAGUCUGCAGGAGACCAUGGCGGAAGGGUUCCAGAGUUUCAUCGAAGCCCAGUGCUCGGUGCUCACACAGGUUAUGGGUCAGCGUGACAAGAUGGCCUCCAGCAGUGGAUCAACGCAAUCUCGGCCUGCAGGCGGUCACUCCGGCAAAGGCUCGCUGCCGACCAAGCAUCCUCCACAGGCGGCUGGAGGUGCCGCCCCGGAUAGGUUGGAAUCCAAAGCAGCUCAGCACCAGAGACCUCUGGCACAGAUGCAGGUUCAUCAGGGUUAGAUGCCGGUACAAUUUGCAGGACCUGUGUGUGCUCUACGUGGCUCCCCAGUUGGUCGGGUGGUGCAGACGAGCUGAAGGAUCAGCACUGUGUGACUCUGCCUCCUCCCGGCCUCAGUCUCGCUGCCCUCAACCCCGUCGCAGUCCCACUGACCGACCCAUCGCUGGAGCUCGGCGCAGUGAGUUCACCCGGACCGCUCCCCCACCAAGCACAGCCUCUGCUCGGUGUGGAGCUGUUGAAGAUGUGCGUUUGUUUUAAAAUUGGAGUUU